GGCGCGGCCGCGCUCGGGAGCGCGCAGUGCGGCGCACCGAGCCCGGCUGCGGCGAGACCCGGCGCUCCCCGAGCAGCUGAGGAUCCGUCUGUGCGUGCCGCUGCUCUGCUCACCCUGGGGGACACGACUGAGGUCCUAACGCUGCCCAGCAUCCAAAAUGGUCAUGCAAAGACACCACCUCACCUGCGCAGGAAUAGCAUUCGUUCUCUACCUUCAUCACCUCGUCAGCACCAUUGAAGUCCCUCUGGACUCAAAUAUUCAGAGUGAAUUGCCUCAACCCCCCACAAUCACCAAGCAGUCCGUGAAGGACUACAUCGUCGACCCAAGGGAUAACAUCUUCAUUGAAUGUGAAGCCAAAGGGAACCCAGUGCCCACCUUUUCCUGGACGCGGAACGGGAAGUUCUUCAACGUGGCGAAGGACCCCAAGGUGUCGAUGCGGCGGCGGUCGGGGACGCUGGUCAUUGACUUCCACAGCGGAGGCCGGCCGGAGGACUAUGAGGGCGAGUACCAGUGCUUCGCCCGGAAUGACUAUGGCACUGCUCUCUCCAGCAAGAUCCACCUCCAGGUUUCUAAGUCUCCCCUGUGGCCCAAGGAGAAGGUGGAUGUGAUAGAGGUGGAUGAAGGUGCUCCGCUCAGCCUGCAGUGCAACCCGCCGCCGGGCCUGCCCUCUCCUGUCAUCUUCUGGAUGAGCAGCUCCAUGGAGCCCAUCCACCAGGACAAGCGCGUCUCCCAGGGCCAGAACGGGGACUUGUACUUCUCCAACGUGAUGCUGCAGGAUGCCCAGACUGACUACAGCUGCAACGCGCGCUUCCACUUCACCCACACCAUCCAGCAGAAAAACCCCUACACCCUCAAGGUGAAAACCACCCGAGGGAUUACGGAAACAACCCCCAGCUUCAUGUAUCCCUACGGGACCUCGAGCAGUCAGAUGGUGCUCAGAGGAGUGGACCUCUUGCUGGAGUGCAUCGCUUCAGGAGUACCAGCACCAGACAUUAUGUGGUACAAGAAAGGAGGAGAGCUCCCAGUAGGCAAAACCAAGCUGGAAAACUUUAACAAGGCUCUUCGUAUCUCCAAUGUCUCCGAGGAAGACUCCGGGGAGUAUUUCUGCUUGGCCUCAAACAAGAUGGGCAGCAUCCGCCACACGAUCUCGGUGAGAGUGAAGGCUGCUCCAUACUGGCUGGAUGAACCCCAAAACCUCAUUCUGGCCCCUGGUGAGGAUGGCAGGCUGGUGUGCCGAGCCAACGGGAACCCCAAGCCUGCAAUCCAGUGGCUGGUGAAUGGCGAGCCUAUAGAAGGUUCUCCCCCCAACCCGAGCCGAGAGGUGGCUGGAGACACCAUUGUAUUUCGAGAUACCCAGAUCGGCAGCAGUGCCGUGUACCAGUGCAACGCAUCCAACGAGCAUGGCUACCUCCUUGCCAAUGCCUUUGUCAGUGUCCUGGAUGUGCCCCCACGGAUACUGGCCCCUCGCAAUCAGCUCAUCAAAGUGAUCCAAAACAACAGGACUCGACUUGACUGCCCCUUCUUCGGCUCACCCAUCCCCACCCUGAGAUGGUUUAAGAAUGGCCAGGGGAACACGUUGGAUGGAGGAAACUACAAGGCACAUGAGAAUGGGAGCUUGGAGAUGGAGAUGGCUCGGAAGGAGGACCAGGGCAUCUACACUUGCGUCGCUACCAAUAUCCUGGGUAAAGCAGAGGCCCAGGUUCGCCUGGAGGUUAAAGACCCAACAAGGAUUGUGAGAGGCCCAGAAGACCAAGUGGUGAAGAGGGGCUCCAUGCCGCGCCUCCACUGCCGCGUAAAGCACGACCCUACGCUCAAACUCACCGUCACCUGGCUGAAAGAUGAUGCACCCCUGUACAUUGGGAACAGGAUGAAGAAAGAAGAUGAUGGUCUGACAAUAUAUGGUGUGGCUGAGAAGGACCAAGGGGACUAUACCUGCGUAGCCAGCACGGAGCUGGACAAGGACUCAGCUAAAGCCUACCUCACUGUACUGGCCGUCCCCGCUAACCGUUUGAGAGACUUACCCAAAGAACGACCCGACCGGCCCCGGGACUUGGAGCUGACGGACCUGGCCGAGAGGAGCGUGCGGCUGACGUGGAUUCCGGGUGAUGACAACAACAGCCCCAUCACAGACUACAUCGUCCAGUUUGAGGAGGACCGGUUCCAACCCGGUAUGUGGCAUAACCACUCCAGAUACCCUGGGAGCGUCAACUCGGCCAUCCUGAGCCUCUCUCCUUAUGUCAACUACCAGUUCCGGGUGAUAGCAGUGAACGAUGUGGGCAGCAGCCUGCCCAGUGUGCCCUCCGAGCGCUACCAGACCAACGGGGCACGUCCUGAAAUUAAUCCAACAGGAGUUCAAGGUGCAGGGACCCAGAAGAACAACAUGGAGAUAACCUGGACGCCUCUGAAUGCAACUCAAGCUUAUGGGCCCAACCUCAGGUACAUCGUGAGAUGGAGGCGAAGGGAACCCCGAGGGAGCUGGUACAAUGAGACAGUGAAGGCCCCAAGGCAUGUUGUCUGGAACACCCCCAUCUACGUACCCUACGAGAUCAAAGUGCAGGCAGAGAAUGACUUUGGCAGAGCACCGGAGCCUGACACCUACAUCGGCUAUUCAGGAGAAGAUUAUCCCAAGGCUGCACCUACGGAUGUUAGGAUAAGAGUUUUAAACAGCACUGCCAUUGCUCUGACCUGGACCCGGGUGCACCUGGACACCAUCCAGGGACAGCUCAAGGAGUACAGAGCCUAUUUCUGGAGAGACAGUAGUUUGCUGAAGAACCUGUGGGUCUCCAAAAAACGGCAGUAUGUGAGUUUUCCUGGAGACCGAAACCGGGGCAUAGUGUCCCGGCUGUUUCCUUACAGCAACUACAAGCUUGAGAUGGUUGUAACCAACGGGAGAGGAGAUGGGCCACGCAGUGAAGUUAAGGAGUUCCCUACACCAGAAGGAGUGCCCAGCUCCCCCAGGUAUUUAAGAAUCCGACAGCCAAAUCUGGAAAGCAUCAAUCUGGAGUGGGAUCACCCAGAGCAUCCCAAUGGAGUCAUCACAGGAUACAGCCUUAGAUAUCAAGCCUUUAACGGAUCCAAAACAGGCCGAACCCUGGUAGAGAACUUCUCUCCCAAUCAGACAAAGUUCACCCUGCAGAGGACAGACCCCAUCUCGCGCUAUCGCUUCUUCCUGCGUGCACGGACCCAGGUGGGAGAAGGAGAAACCCUAGUGGAGGAGUCACCAGCCUUGCUGAAUGAAGCCACGCCAACCCCAGCUGCAACUGGGGUGCCUCCAACUACAGUCGGUCUAACCAGUACUACAACAACUCCAACUACUACCACUACUACCGACACAACUACUACCACUACCGACACAACUACCACCACCACAGCCGCCACCACCGCCGCAAGCACUACAGCAGCUACAGAGAGGGCUCCGGCAGCCACCACAAAGCAGGAGUUGGCCACCAAUGGAUCGUCCAUAUGGGACAUAAGAGCUAUGGCUAAUAGUAACUGGGCAAACAUCACCUGGAGCCACAAUUACUCUGCAGGAACUGACUUUGUGGUUAAGUAUAUCACCAGUAACAACACAGAGAAAUCUAUCUCUGUUAAAGCUCAGACCCCUUCCUCUGUGCAGCUGGCGAAUCUGACGCCGGGAAUGAUGUACAAGCUGUGGGUGUUCCCCAUAUGGUCUAGCCCCAGCGAACACUCGUACAUAACCUUUACCACCAGCUCAGCUUACACCAAGAACCACGUGGACAUCGCCACGCAGGGCUGGUUCAUCGGGCUGAUGUGUGCCAUCGCUCUCCUGGUCCUCAUCCUGUUGAUCGUCUGCUUCAUUAAAAGGAGCAGAGGUGGGAAAUACCCAGUCCGAGACAAUAAAGACGAGCAUCUCAAUCCCGAAGACAAGAACGUAGAAGAUGGGUCGUUCGACUACAGCGAUGAAGACAACAAGCCCCUGCCCAACAGCCAGACCUCCUUGGACGGCACGAUAAAGCAGCAGGAGAGUGACGAUAGCUUGGUGGACUAUGGAGAGGGGGGAGAAGGGCAGUUUAAUGAGGACGGCUCCUUUAUCGGCCAGUACACGGUGAAGAAGGACAAAGAGGAGACUGAAGGCAACGAGAGCUCGGAAGCCACCUCCCCAGUCAAUGCUAUCUACUCGUUGGCAUAGCGCAAUGCACUGAAACCACAAAGAGCUGGAGGUGUUUGUAGUGGAUGGGGGUUAAACAACAGCCGCCGCCACCUCCAACAGCAACGUGUGAAUGAAGCAACCAACAAUGACAAGAAAAAACACAAAAAAAAAAAAGAAAAAUAAGUUUAAAACCCCAAGCAAAAGGCAGCCCAGGGGCUGCUGAUGCCAUCUUAUCCUUAGCAAACAAGCAAACAGCAAGGACUCCCGGGGCGCGGAUGGGUUGUAGCUGUAGCUGAAAGCUGGGCUGAGCCACAGGGGCUGGAGGAGCGGGAUGCUCGAGCUGCACCCCAGCUUCGGGGCUGGUCCCAGUACCCUGAGCCAGCCUGGUGAGGGACAAGUGGUGGGCUCGGCUGCCCAGGCCCACCCCCCCCGAGGCCCCUUUGGUUCUUUUUGGGAGGGAGUUCACAAUUCUUCUUUUUAAUCUUUACAGGAAGGUUCCAGAUAAGAGGGGAGGGGGGAAAGAAAUCAGAAGGCGAGUUUGGGGAGGGGAAAGGGGUGAGCAGAGCCUGGGCAGAGCAGCAGAAAUGCACGACAGGAGGAAAACUGUGGAUCUUUGGGUAGCGACACCACGGCACUGUAUGACUGAGAUGUCCAUCCUCACAGCAGCACCUUGCCCACAGCCUCUCCCAAGCUGUCAGCACCACCACCUCCUUCCCAACAGAUCAAGCAGCACCUAUGCAGGGAAGGGCAGGUUCCCACCACUUCCCUUGGCACCGUAACUCACAUCGGUGCUAAGGCUCUGCCACCCAUCCCCACUGCAAAGCCCACGGGGAGGUCACCCCCCACCCCGCAGGGCUCCAGAGCAUCCUCAGAGACAAGAGGCUGCAGAAGAGCUUGUGGGAUUUGUGGAAGGACAUCGAGGUGCCGCUCACCCUCCGGGCCCUGGAGAACAGCAUUGCUUGCCUGGGUAACUGUAGGCAAACCAUGGGUUUAGUCUUUGCUUUGUAAGAAAUUGGGGGGGGAACUUCCCCCGGACCAUGCCUGCUUUCUUUUAAAGGCAACUCCAUGUAUCUUAUGUAGCAAAGAGGAAGUGGAAGCAGGACCAGUAUUAACACAGGAUGAGGGGACCAGAAAUCACUUAUUUAAAACCAGAUAGAAUCAAAGGUCAGGAUGAGAAGCACCCAAGGGACUGGGUGGAGGAUCCCCCGCGGCUCCCGAUCAGCAGCUUGCACAGUUCAGGGAUGUGCAUCCUUUGGGAGCCAGGGAGAAAGGCAGGACCCGAGGUCCACACCUUCCCCCGGCACCAGGGAUGAGCCAGCUCGACAGUGUUUUCCACUAAAUUCCCCUCCUCAUCUCUGACAGUGGCCUUUCCCCCCCUCUCCAUCAAUCAACCUGAGCGAGACCCUUCCAGGAGCGAGCACCGGAGCAGACUCCCCUCCGCUGUCUUACUCACAUAUCAAGAGAACACGCCAUGUAUGUUAACCCAUUAACACACGGUAACAAGCAGCUCGGGUAGGAGUGCUCCUUCUCAUGCCUUACACAGCUUCGGACUUCCCGUGAAGUUUCAUGAACUGAUCCUCUUCCCCCCCCUCCCGCUUACGCGCCCCUAACGCGAUGGGCUUCGAGCCGCCAGAGCGGCAGGAGUAGGAUGGAUGCCUGGGCAGCUCCCAGCGGAGAGCGCACGGAUCAUUGUAGAAGGUAGAGUUUGUAACAGACCGUCCUCAGUGGCCAAUGCCAUGUGUAUUCUCCUGCUUCCCGCACUUUUGAAAACCAAAGGUACCUUCGCUGAGAGAGAGCAGAUUCCCUCAUGGAUGGCGAGCGAUGUUCAGAUGGAUUUUGCUUUCAUUCUUUUUCCAAGGAGGGUGUUUUUGUUCGGCAGAAUGGAUUACACGCAACAGGAUUAAUGCAAUUCUUUUAGCUUUCAAGCUGGUUUGCUAUGAAGACAUACUGCUAACAAGAAUACUACUAAUAGGGAUUGUUGAGAUGGGACUUUGCCACAUUCUUUAAGCUGCUAAUGGCACAACUAUCCUGCCCUUCAGGGAAGAGCCCGGACCCAGUCAGCACCCGCGCAGCAACCACUGGCUGGACCACAUAGAGCAAACAGGAGAGGGCUGGAUGCAAACCCAACAGCAAAGGAGCUACACCAUAGGAGCCAUGGAGGGGUUAGGCUGGUGUUAACAGGCAGAGCCCCCCCACUAGAGCCAGGGGGGCUCCUGCUACCCCAGGGCACCACACAGGAACCCAUCUGCAGGGUCCUCCAUCCAUGUCACCUUACAGAGCAGGAGCCAUGCCUCUCGCUGCUACCAUCAGUGUAGAUGCAUUCAUGAGACAAGCCAAUUUCUACCGCUGCCACUCGCCACUGAUCUGGUUUAAGGAGACAUCUCCCAGCCCAUUCCCAGGACAUGCAGCAGUUGUAUUCCGUUUUUAAGCAAGCACACCAGGCCAAACCACUUCCCAAGCCUAUGGCUGUCCUUACAACGUUGAGUUGGUGUAAAAUCUUGCCCAAGCACCAGUGGAAAUGAGGAGAGAAAGAAACUACAGCCUCUGACGUGGAAAAGCCUCCACUGCUGGAGCUGGGCAUCUUCAUCACCCCCAGCACAUCAGAUCCUCGCUGCUUUGUGGACCAACCGCUAACGGGGACCACAAGACCCUUGGCUACCAUGCAACACCUCCAAACCUCAAGGAAUUGGUCAGGCAUUCCUGGAAGCAGGACAGUCUGUGUCAUGUAUCUGUAUUACGUGCCAUUUAUAUUAAAGCCUGUGUUUCUGUCCUGUCAUUAACCGCCAUUUUCCUAAGCAAACCUCUCUUUGGAAUUGGUUUCACCCUUUGCACUGCGUGCCUCGGGAGGGAAGGAGCUGACCUCAGCCCAGCCAGUCCUGCCCUUGCCCCCAAAAGCCUCACGAAACCAGUGACAGAGUCCUACCACCACGUUACUUUAAGUAACCAGAAAAGGAAGGAGAUGUCUGCAGAGGACCUGGGGAACAAAGGGCUCAGUGCAAGUUACCUGUAGCCUCAAACAUUAGCUCACUGUAAAAAUUACUCCAAAAUUAGAAGGUGUAGUAAAAAUUUCAACAUUUCUUUGAAACUUCCCCCACAGUUCUGGAGCCUGAAGGGAAUUCUAAGUUCAAAACUCAUCCUGAGCUUCACAUUUUUUUACUCCCUUUAUUAAAGAUUCAGUAGAUGUUUGCAUGCGCAGUUACUGCGUCACAGGGAGCAAAGCCCUUGGCUUGCUCCAACCACCAAAACCACUGCAGGGUGACCCCACACCACCCCCAAAAUGCAUUCACCCCACAGGAGCAUCGUGGCCAUGCUUCUGAGUGAGCAUCCAUUGAGCACUAGGAGAGGGAUGGAGACCCUGCAGGAGGACCGCCUCUGUCUGGGUGUGCUCUGUGCCACUGAUCGUGCCUGCCUGUCCCUGGUGUCACCCCAUAAGAGCUGCUUUGCUUCUCCAUCCCCAGCUGUCCCUCUCCAGCCUAGUCACCUCCACUGCUGCCUAUAGCGUAACCUCCAGGGUGAGCAGCAUGCUCAGGAGGGAUCUGUACCAGCUCCAAGGGCUGGACCCCUCCUAAGGGAUCAGCCUCCAUCACAGGGUUGACCAUCCCUCUCUGGGAUCUGCACAGCCCCCCUGGAGCAGGACACACCACCUUUUCCAGAAGAUACAUCUCCAUAAAGGGUUUAAAUUAGGCACCAACACUUAACAAACAAAGAAGAGACAGGCUCAAAAUCAACCUGGGGAAAACACAGUCUGGGUCCAGCUCCCAUCUUCCAAAUUUGAGCCUGUUUCUAAAACAGUCUGAGCCAAAACCUCAUCCAGAGACAAAAUCCAGACUCUGCCAACUGCAUCCGAGCGCAGGGACGCAGCCUGCGCCUCCCCAGCACGGCACCUUUGGCUGCUUGGAGCCCUGCACGUGCCAUGAACCACAGAAGCACAAGUAUGGGACACAAGAGGACACUUGCUGUGUUUAUGCGACCUUGAGGCUGCUCCUAUUCUCCCUGAAGUGAUGCUGCAUCUGGUCAUGAUGUCCCAAAAACAGCCCCCUGUCAGCACUUCCUUCUUGCAGAUCCCGAGUCCAUGUGUUACAGUCACUUAUGUGUCGCGCUGGGGGAGCAGGAUGGGUGCACAGCACCAGCCACCACUGGAGCCCCUUGCUGUGCCUUACCUUGGCAUGCAGCACUGCUCCAUCCAUGCCACCGGCUGUCUUGGCGAGUCCCAGCACCUCUCCUCAGCGCGCAGGUCCCAGCAGAGCUGCGAGUCCAACGUGCACCGUCCGUCGUACCAGGCUUGAUGUGUGCUAGCAGCACCCCGUGCCAGUUAAGCAAUAAGCAAACCUUGUGGAAAAUAAAGAAGAGACCACGUUCUAUUUCUUGCACUAAGACCUGUUUUAUUAACGAGAAUAACAAAGCUUCUCUGGUCCUAACAAAACCCAACGUGUCAGUAGCUCCCCAUGCCCAGCAGCGCCUGUCUCUCCAUGUCCUUCACAAGCGGGCAUCGGGCUUUGGUCGUCCAACCCAGUCUAAACCCCACAUCAAACCCAGAGCAAAGUCCUCCCUUUGCAGUCCAGAGUUCUCAGUGUUUGUUCCUCCUGCUCACAUCAGAAGGGAAGUAUUGGGCUGUUUCAUUUCUCUUUAAUUUGUAAAUAUCUCGCGAUCCAUCCAUCCUCUCUGUAAAACCUCCUGGUUGUUCUCAAGUAUUCUAUGUAUUUAUUUGCCUUUUCUUUUUUGAAAGCAAAAAAACCCACCACCUCUGCGUUAACCCACUUGUUCCAAUGAGAAAUGUACAGCUGAGGCUGUAAAAUUAACAAGUUUACAGCAAGAUGAUUUAUGGACUAUGGAAAAAGAGUGUUUAAUAUAAGGACUUAUAAACCGACUGCAUGAGAUGAACGAAGGCCAAAAUACUCAGAUACCAUUUUUUUUUGAAUCACUGUAAAACAAGAACAGACUGGAUUUUUUUGUAUAGAGAACACUAAACAUAUAAUAAAACAUUGUUCAAAACUCGA